UAAAACCUGAAUUAAUCAAUCUUGGAUGUGGAGUUUCUGUCUUCUAGAAAUACAUGAAGCUUAACUUUGUUUUUGUAGGUUGAGAAGGAAAAAAGCAAACAAAGAUGUUCAAAAGUGCAGGCCAUGGUGACGUGCGGAAUUAGACUCUAUAACUCGAAAGUUAUAAAGUAGGUAUGUUUAUUGCGCGCAGAUGCACGGGGGAUCGCUCCUCCACAAGCGUGCGUGCCCGAAGUGACGAACCAUCUCACAUUUAUACAAUAAAACAAAUGAAUAUUCAAUUAACGCCUAUACAUAUUCGUUACCUAAACCCGCUUACUCUCGCUUCGUAUGUUAAUUAGUUUAUCAAUCCUUUGCCUGGAAUGUGGUGGUCUUGCAGGUUUGUAGGUGAUUCAUGUCCUUGUGACCAUCUGAUCUUCUCCAGCAAGAAGACUUAGCACUCCCUCCCUCUAGAUAGCAUUGGAAUGUCUCUCAUCCUUUUCUCAUUCUUUUUUAAAUAGCCCCUUUGUUAGAGGAAGAGGGGCAGGUGUCUCCUCAAAACUGUAGUUGUCUCCUCAGAGCUGUGUGCCUAUGUGACCAGACACCGCACCCAUGACCAGUCACCAUACCCACAUUCCUUGAGCAGACACAUACAAUCACAAUCGAUGUCCAUUGUCCCCAUUUCACACUAUUUCUCCGUAUCAGUGGCAAAACAGGAAUGUGUGGAUAAAUAACAUCACUAAUCGGCAAAUGAAACAAAAGAUUACUGUAAGGAAGAAUGACUGUUUGAAAAUGGAGAAUGAAAACACGAUAGAAGAAAAAGACAAAAAGAGUUUUUCAUCUGGGGGAAGCUCAAAAUUGAUUAAAAUGCCAAUGAAAUGUAAAAUUGCCCUGAAUGCCAAAGGUGCAAAGAAAAGUAAAAGACAGCCUUCAAAGCAGAAGGCUCAUCAGCAGAUGAGCUCUUCCAGUGGCAAUCAUGGUCAAGUACCGGAUGAUAGCACUUCCAGUGAAAUAUCUGAGGAUGAAGGAAGACCUGCAGCAACAACCAGGAGUGAAAAGAACGAGGUCAGCAGACAAAUGGAAGUAACUGAUGACCCUGGUUUAACUCACUCAUCUGACCCAACUUCAGAGGAUGUCCGGUUACAAGCUUCAACCUGCAAGGAGGCUGUGCUGCUGUUGGAAGAGCUUGGUGUGGUUCAUAUGGGAAUCUUUGAGAAGAUCCCAGAGCUGCUACCGAGGAAGCUGGCAGCAAUUAGCCUGGCCUGCAUGAUCACAGCCCCUCAAAUCUCCUUCCUCAGCCCCUGCUUAGCAACUGAACUUUGGAGAUCUUCCCCACCAAGGAUCACGACGAUCAGAAGGACCGGUGGGACACUGCCUGGACCUGGGACCAUAGGGACGCCUUGGACCCGUGGUGUUUUAACUACUCCCCAGACAAGCCUGGUUGCCGUCAGGUGUGCUUCUAAGAAAACUGGAGGCAGCUACAAAAAUGUAGGUGGCCGCAGCCCUGGCAAGCGCUAUGGAUUUAAAAAAGUAGAUGGUGAAUUUGUGCAUGCGGGCAACAUUCUGGCUACGCAGCGGUUGAUGCGCUGGCAUCCAGGGGCUCAUGUGGGGAUGGGCCGUAACAAGACUCUGUAUGCCCUGGAGGAUGGGAUUGUGAGAUACACCAAAGAGGUCUACGUACCUCUGCCCCGCAGCAGUGAGAGCAGGGAAGCGAUCUGUUGUCUACCCAAAGGAGCGGUUCUUUAUAAAGCCUUUAUCAAUGUUAUCCCUGUCACAGAAGUAGGAAGCUUUAAACUCGUCACCAUGCUCUGAGCUUCCUGCCUCAUGUAGGGAGGGAUGGGAAGGAGCGACUGGGACAGACCACCACAGCUGGACUGGCAUGAGAGGACAAUAAUAUUCUAGCUCCGAAGAUACCAGUGUAGGACUUCCUUUUCUUGCUCCUAAAGCAUGUGUGGUCAGUGUUCAGGCACUGGGAUCACUCUGGCUGAGCAGACCUUCACCUUGGCUUUGUCCCCUUUGUCAAAGCAAGCAGCUGGUCUGUCUCCUUUGGUCACAGCACGUUUGCCAGAGAAGAGCGAACAGGCACCCCUGGUUGCUCCGCUCAGAGCUAGAGAGCUGGCGUUGGCUCCAUGCUUGUCCUUGUGCUGCAGGAGGGACGGCACCGCUGCCUGGGGUCUGACUUGCCUGUGUCUCGGCUGAGUGUGAAUCUGGGUGAAGGUCUGACAUUUGGCCGUUCCCUGCAGACCAGAACGAUGCCACAGGCACUUCUGUCCCUGACACCAUGGGUGGAAGCAGCGUGCUGAGGCCGAGGCCUCACACGGCUGUGUUUCACUGAGUUUGGUAGCUGAGAGGGGCCUGGAAUGGGUCUGACACGCCACAUCUGUCCAGGGUCUCUGAGCUCAUUACUGUUCCUGAGAAAGCUGGAGGGUGUCUCAAAGCAUGCUCAUAGGGAGGCGGCGUCUAUUGAGGAGAGAGGAAGAACAUCACAGUGGAUCAGCAAUAACCAGGAGAUUAUCCCACCUCUUCUUACAGAGCGGGUGACAAGGCUCACAACUGCCACCAGCCUGAACCGAAAUUCCUGCAGUCCUCAGAGCAGCAGGCUGCUGGCUAGAUGAGGUGAGUGCUUACACUGCUUUUGCAACACAGCAGGGCAAAAAGCCACUGGAGAGGCACAUUCCCCCCGCUGCCCCCUCACACUCUCUGUGCUGGGUUCCUGCUCUUCCCUGUUCCCCUUCAAGGACUUGCUGCUAGUCACAAGGCCAGAAAAGCCCUGAUUUCUGUUACGAGAGGACUGCUGCUUGCCUGCCUUUGACCAAGGAUCGAUUACUGGGGUGUAUACAAGCACCUACAAACCUGGCUUUCUACCCAGGUUUUGACAGAGUCUCACUGCACAGCAGCAGAUCCCGCCUCCAGUUCUCGUCCUGCUCAGCCACCCCGGCACAAGCACUCCUGGUCGCGGUCGGCGCUGAGAGUCCUGCUUUUCGUGCUGUUCUGCAUCCUCUGUACUUUGGCCGCCUGCAAGCUGACAGAGCUGCAACGUCAACCCCUGUGCAUCAGCAUGAACACUCGCUACGAGGAUGUGGUAGCCGCUCUUCAAAACCAUAAAACCCUGCAAAAUAUGCUACAACAGAACUCACAGCAGUGAUUGUCCUGGACAGGCACUUACUUCAUCAGCAUCUCCUUCCACCAUCUGCACAGGCAGAAUUCCUAUGGAAUUGCGUUCUGAUGAAACUGCUUUUAAUCAGUCAGCAUUGGUUUGUUGCUCCACUCCACCCAGAGCAGAGGUAUUGUUCAGAUCAUCUUUGCCAUGCAUGUUUCGCAGUUGGCCUGUAACUCCCAUGAUUUGCCCACGUUAACCGAAACUUGUUAACACUUCUUACUUCCAUGGGAUGUUUACCUAGAUGGUGAGACACAGAAAGCUACCGAUCUGUAUGAGUGGAAAAAACCAGGCCUUGCGUUAUCUGGGUGCCUAUAGCUCUAUCCUGGAGGUAGGAGGGUUUUAAUACAUAUCCAUUCCUUGCUCUCAUUUCUCUUUGUUCUAAAAUUGGUGAUACAGCUGUACGGGAGUAAUAUAUUAAGGCCUACUCCAGGACCAAUUACAAGUGUGCAGGGUGGCUGCACAUCCAUAUGUUGCAGUGCAGAAGCUGAUGCACUGUUGAAAGGAGCUGAAUUUUCAAUACAACAGUUUUCACAGCAGUUUGUCUGAACUGGAUGUUUAUGUUGCUAACGCAUUUUCACUCGGGUAUUUCAGAAACUGUCAAAAAUUAUUUCAGAGUACGUGAAGUGGAGUUAGAAAUCAUUAUUUUAACCAGCUAGUGCUGACAAAGCAGCUGCAGCCGCGGCAGGCAGCACUGGGUGGCACUGUGGCAGCAGCACAGGAGCAGACAGGCCAGGGCUUUGCUGGGGGAAGCUGUUGGGAAGGCUGGGGGGUUUGGUGGUUUGCACCUAAAGAAAACUCACCUGCACAAAUGAAUUUAUAGUUCAGAGAAAUCCCGAGGUCUGUCAUAUCCGUAAGAGCUUUGUGAGCACUAAAAUGCAGCGUACGCAUAAUGUGAAGCGGAGGUUUCAGAGAAUAUCCGUGCGACAGACUCCACUGAGACAUCCUUCAUUAGUUACCAGAAUUGCUGCCUCCCAUCUGAUACCUGGGAUUGUUGCUGCUAAGAGCAGUGCCACAAGGAAACAGCCUGUAGCAUUUCAUCCCAAGGUCAUCAAGGCAGUAAGCUGUCACCUUUUUGUAACCUAAUGGUAAAACUGUGAUUCCCCAAGUAUCACAGAAAAAAGCGACAGCAUGAAUCAGAGGAGGGAAGGGCUGCCUGCCUCUGGCUUAGCAGCUUGUGUUGUUUUCUGAGCUUCCUUGAAACAGCUUUAGGCUUUGCUUUUGGUAUUUAACUCGUCACAUUCUUUAAAAGUUCCUUGCUUAACUCUCCAGAAAUGCUCAGAAAAAUGGCAAACAACAUUCAAAGCAAUAUUUCCUCUCUGCAGACAUUCCUGCCAGCAUCUGUUGCUUUGCCGUCUUAAGCUUGCAAAUGCCAGGCUAAUAAGAUUUACCAGUUCAGGUCAGAAGCGUGCUACUGGCCAGGCAAGGGCUCCCGCCAAAUACCUGCUUUUUUCUUCAGAGGCAUCGUGGUUCCAAGGGGUAACUUCCACACACUGGAAGCUUAAUUCACUCUGGGCACUCAUCUCUGUAAGUGCUGCUGCUGCAGACCUCAACUGCCCUUGUGUGCCUGUCCACAAGUGCUAAUGGCUUUGUGGACAGGCAAGCACGUUCCCCAGUCUAAGUAAAAGAAAGCUUUUUCUGCCAACUGUUUAGACCUCAUAAUUCCAGCACAUACAACCAGAUUUCAAGACCCUCAAUAGAUUAAGCCAUCUGGAGACUGAAUCAAGGCAGUCUAAACUUAUAUCUGAAAAUUGGUCUUACUCAUUCCCAUCUGCCACAGUGGAAAACUGAGAGUCUUAUUUUGUGAGGUAAAGUUCUUCCACCUCACUCGAGCAGGUGCUGGGGGGCGCAGCACCAUGUUGCUUGAGCAUUAGAAUUUCUCACACUGGAGGGAGAAGGUAACUACUUGCAGUUUAGGCUAGCAGUAGAAAGUAUUCAACACAUGGCAUACCUGUCUAUAUUCAAGACAACAUGUUACAAAGCAAAGUUAAUUAUUCAAAAUUGUUUAUGAAAUAGAAGGAAUUAUCAAUGCUAUAAACAGUGUCCAAUUCAUGUUCUGAUGAUGUUCACCACCUUUCUUCUGCAGACUCCAGCCGUUCAACAAUUUCAUCCAACCUUCUUCUGCUACAAUAAAGUCUUGAACUUGGACCUUGAA